CAAGAAAAUUGAAAAUUUUAGCGACACUGCUGCAAAUUCGGCAUAAUUCUCAAUACUGCCUUAUUGUCCCAAGGCAUAAUGUUCUUAAUUUUAGUUAGAUUGAUGAUUUUUAUGAUCUUUGCUAUCUGUAACAGCAGAAUAUCCGCCUUGGCUUUCGUGGAUUUAUAGAUUACUCCAAAAAGACACAAUCGAGGGAAUCUCCUCAGACUGAUCGUUUAAUGGGACCCCUCUAAGUGGGAUAAAUCCCGAGCUUUCAAGUCAAAUUGAAGUUCAAUUUUUCGAUGUUCGUGGUAUGUUGUAUUAUUUAAAGCCUCCUGUUAUGAUUUAUCCGUUAAUCAAAGAACCCAGCUGUUCAUUUGAAUUGAAGUGUAUGGCAAAUCUAAGCCUUGUUAUUGAGAAAGUCUACCGAAAAAUCCCGCAGCACUCUUUUUGUGUUGCGAACUGCAGUUCUAGGGCAGGGUGUGUUUGCUUCGUAAAUUGAGUGCUUGCAUAUUGCCCAUCAUCUGGAGAUUUAAGGAUUGGCUUGCCAGGCUGAGAGAGAGUGCAGUGAAUUGGAACAAGAACUAAGCAUGUUGCAAGACGAAAUGGACGAUGGAGGCCCAAGUGGCAGUCUUCUGGCUAGAAAGAAGGACCAGGAAAUCGCCAAACUCAGGAGCCAUCUUGAAGCUCUAAGCAACGAAAACGAGGAGGCCGUGAUGAGCGUAUCGAAGAAAUUCAACACACAGCUUCUACAAGUUCAAGAGGAUAUCGAGACCAUCAGAAAAGCUAAAGCUAGGGUCGAGAAAGAGAAAACACAGCUUGCUUGCGAAUGCGAUGAACUUGCUUCCAAAGUUGAAGAUGCCAACCGUGGCAAGCAACAAGCAGAAAAGGCUAUUAUCUCUCUUGAAGAUCAGGUCGGAGAGCUUAGGGCCCAACUUGCUACACUUGAAGAUCGAGUUAGAGACAGUGAAAGUGCGAAGAACAAGCUUUCACAGGAUAAAAAUAACUUGAAGCGCGAUGUUGAAACAUUGGAGCAAAAGGUCUCUUCUGCGAAUGUAUUGGUAAAAACAGCGGAAGACAAAUGGCAUGAUGCCCAGAGCCAAUACGAAGUCGAAUUGAAGGCAAAACAAGAGGCCCAGAGUAAAGUCAGUGGCUUGUUGUCUGAAAACGACUCAUUGCAAGAUAUGCUAGACCAGGAGCAAGGAGAGAAGAGUUCCCUACAGGAUAAGUUACUCAAAGCGAAUGCUGAAGCUGCUCAGUGGAAGAGUAAAUAUGAAAGGGAUGCAUUGCCACAGAUUGAAGAGCUUGAGGAUGCAAAGAAGAAAAACAUCUUGAAAUGUCAGGAGCUGGAAGAGUCUUUGGCAGCCGCCCAGUCAAAAGCAAGCAACCUUGAGAAAUUAAAGAACAGGCUAAAUGGAGAAGUCGAUAGUUUGACUGCUAACCUUGAAGAUGCCCAAGGUCAGCUGGCCGGUUAUGAAAACAGACUUCGCAAAUCAGAAACUGCUGCAGCAGAAUGGAAACAGAAGUUUGAUCACUCUGAAUCCGAGCUUGCCGGCACAGGCGAACAGAUUAAAUCCCUUUCAUCGCAGGUUCAAAAAUGGAAGAAGCAAUCCGACGAAGUUGCAGACCGUCUUACCAACGCAGAGAGAACUAGCAAAGCUGUCCAGGAGGAGCUCCGAUCUACAACCCAAUUAUUAACCGAUGCUCAGAAGAGUGCUUUGGAUAUGGAGAAAGCAAAGCGAAGGGCAGAAUCAGAAAGGAACGAGACAUACAAUGCUCUAGAGGACGCAGAAAUGUCUGUUGAAUCAGAGAAGCAGAGGGUGAAUGCCGCUCUUGGAGAGCUGAACCUAACCAAGCAGCAGAUUGAAAAACGUCUUGCAGAAAAAGAUGAAGAGACGGAAACGGUCAGGAAAGGGUUGCAACGCCAGAUCGAGACCAUCCAGGCCUCUCUUGAAGCCGAGACCAAAAACAAGAAUGAGCAGACAAGACUGAAAAGAAAAUUGGAAACAGAAAUUUCCGAAUUGGAAGGUCAGGUUGAUAAUGCUGAAAGGAUGAACCAAGAAUUGAUCAAGACAAACAAGAGAUUGGAACAACAAGUUAAGGAUCUUCAAGCAUCUGCUGAUGAAGAGCAUAACCUACGCAACGUUGCGGAAGCGGCUACGGAGCGCGCAAACCGUAAAAUCAAAGAACUGAACGGUGAAAUUCUUGAUCUCAGAAGCUCUUUUGAAAUGGCUGACAAAGCCCGCAAGAUUGCACAGAGCGAAAGUCAAGAAAACGCAGAUCGUGCUAGAGACUUGCAGGAGCAAUCAAAUGCCUUGAAUCUCGAGAAGAGAAGGAUAGAAGGUGAUCUCCUGUCAUUGCAGUCUGAACUCAAAGAUGUGGAAGAUGAGUUAAGAAAUGCAGAGGAGAGAGCUAGCAAAGCUGAUUCAGAGAAUGUCCGACUUGCCAGUGAACUUUCUUCUGCCGAGAAAUCGUUAUCAUCUGCUGAAAGAGGCAAAGCAGAAGCUGAGAGACGCGUUUCUGAAUUAGAAUCACAGAUAGAAGAAUUGGAAGCCAUGGGCGGGCGAUAUCUUAAGAAUCAAAUCAGAAAGCUCGAGGCCAAGAUUGCGCAAGUCGAGGCUGACCUGAGCAGUGAGGUGAAGAAGAACAGCGAGUUGGGUGCUAGGUGUGCAAAGUCCGAAAAGCGUGCCAAGGAACUGUCGUACCAACUGGAUGAAGAAAUGAAGAACGUCAGCAUUUUGCAGGACCAAGUUAUGUCAUUGAACACAAAAGUAAAGAAACUCAGAGAGAAUCAAGGAGAUGCAGAAGCUCAAGCCGCUGCAGCGAACGCAAAGUACAGGAAAGCCCAAGCUGAAGUCGAAGAUGCUGAGGACCGUGCACAGCGUGCGGAAAGAGCUCUUAUGGGUCGUGCUCGUGGAAAAGCUGGCAAGUGAACAGAACAAGGGCGAAUGGACUAUACAGUCGUUGUAGAGAGGACAGUAGCAAGCUUCUUAGAAGGUUCCUUUUUUGUUAGUCGCUUAAAUUGUAGAUAAAGUUUUCCGCAUUUUAGGACAAUACAUUUUAUAGUGAUGUGCACUUGCGCUGAAAUUUGUUUAAGUAAAGCUCUUCAUACUCGAUAGCAGCCGUUUGACACUUAUUGUCUUUAAUUUAACGUAUUUUUCAUUAUAGCCUUACCUUUUCCUUAGGGGAUAUAUGCGAAAUUGGUUUUCAUAAUAUAGUCUUUAUACUUUGUAGAUUUUUUGUAAUACACAUCCUUUUCAAACUAAAAAGGUUUUUUACAACUUUCCCUAUUUUUAUAAUGAUCUACUUGAUUUUUUUUCAUUUCAUAGUUCUCAUACUUUUCAUUCGAUGCUUUCAAUAUUCUUGUAACUUUUUUUAAUCAUUCUGCUUAAAGAUAUGAAGCAUGAGCCUUCAUUCCUAGUCCUUUUUUUUCUCUCGCUAAUUUGCAAUAGAUAAGCUUGGAAACCCGAAAAAAGUAGAUCUGAAUGGAUAAUCCUUCUUCUCUACGUACGACGGCGUUUUUUGAACUGUAAAAUUAAUCACUGGGUACUGUUUGCCAAACCUUUGGAGAUGCUUUAUUGACAGCCUAAGAGACCACACAAUACUGCCUGGUAUAUUUAUCAGAACCACAAUAUUAUCAAUCAUUUUCUGUUGUGUUAUUAUCAAGUAGGCUCUCCAAAAUCUUGUAAAGUUCUCUUUUGCUCCCAAAAAGCAAUUACUUUCCAAAAUAGCCUUUUGCUUUUGAGGUUACCCAAGAACCCUUGUUAGGUGCUGUGGUUCUCUCUCGAUAUCACUAUAAGCAUACGUAUUCUUGCAUUACGCGUCUUGUUUUUUAUAGACUUUACCUUGUUGUUUGUAAUAUUAAGUCUUAUUUUGUUGUUUGUAAUACUAUGCACAACAAGAUUUUCUUCUUCUGCGACCUCAUACUUCUUGGGUAUUUACGUUCUACUCAAGCUAUAGCAUCUUUACUCAUGCAGGUAAUUAGGUCUCAUCGCAGUUGAAUCGCUGGAAGAUGAGUAGUUUCGUUGUGUCAUAAAUACUUCUUUAUUAAAGCCGUGACUUUUGGUCUUUUCUUUGAUCGGAAAUUUAUUAAUUUCCAUGUGUAUCAUUUUAUAAGCUUGUAAUAACCAUUUCAUACUUUAUUAAAGUGUUCGUUGCGAAGCACUUUCAGACAGUAAGCCAACCGUGGAUCUUAAUCUAAGAUUAAUUGUUUAUUUUGAUAUCUUUAAGCUGAUAAAUAACUGCUGUCUGAUAUAAAUUUUUGUUAUUCGUUGUAAACUUAAUUUUUGUGAAGUAAUCAAAUCGCAUUCAAUCUUUUGUAAUCGAUUUUAUGCAGCAGUUA